GGGAUUCUGUGUAUAUAUAGUUUUCAACUUUAAUCAAGCAUUCACAUCCAACAAGAUGAAAGUUCUAGUAGCACUCCUGUUGUUCGCAGCAGUGGCGGUUGCCAGACCGGGUGAUAUGUACACGACCAAAUACGACAACAUUGACAUUGAUGAAAUCCUCAACAACGACAGGCUUUACAAGAAGUACAUCGACUGUGUCAUGGAUAGAGGAGAUUGUACUCCUGACGGCAAAGAGUUGAGAAAGAACAUGCCCGAAGCCAUUCUUACAGACUGCAUGAAAUGCUCCGAACAUCAGAAGAUUGGUACAGAUAAAACCCUCAAGUUCAUGCUGAAGAAUAAGAAGGCCGACUUCGACGAAGUGGAGAAGAAAUAUGACCCAACAGGCUCAUACAGGAAACGACACAAGAUCUAAGCCUAUUAGGAAUACUCAUUCCUAGUUUAAUAAAUUUGUAUUAUAAAUACAAUGAAAAAUUAUAUAUUAUAUAAAAAUAUAAUAAUAUAGAGAUUUACUUUCUUAUAAC